UUUGUAGUAUUUAAAAACAUGAUUUAUCUUAUCUGUGGGUACAGUUAUUCCGUUGUUCCGGCCGGCUCUCAUUUGUCAUUUUCACGCCGUUGUUCGUGGUACGUUUAGUUGAUUUUCUGCGACCUCUAUUUUUUUCAUUUUCAACAAGAUGCCCCUCCAGCUGACGAAGCCCGCGCCUCAGUUCAAGACGACCGCUGUCGUCAACGGCGAGUUUAAGGACAUUGCGCUUUCCGACUACAAGGGGAAAUAUGUCGUACUGUUCUUCUAUCCGCUCGAUUUCACGUUCGUCUGCCCGACGGAGAUCAUCGCGUUCUCCGAGCGCGCCGACGACUUCCGCAAGAUCGGCUGCGAGGUGAUCGCCGCCUCCACCGACUCGCACUUCUCGCACCUCGCCUGGGUCAACACGCCGCGUAAGCAGGGCGGGCUGGGCCCCAUGAACAUCCCCAUCCUGAGCGACAAGUCGCACCGCAUCGCGCGCGACUACGGCGUGCUCAACGAGGAGAGCGGCGUGCCCUUCCGCGGGCUGUUCAUCGUGGACGACAAGCAGAACCUGCGCCAGAUCACCAUCAACGACCUGCCCGUGGGACGAUCCGUUGAUGAGACCCUCCGUCUCGUCCAAGCAUUCCAGUUCACCGACAAGCACGGUGAAGUCUGCCCGGCCAACUGGACCCCAGGCUCCAAGACCAUCAAACCAGACACCAAGGCCGCUAAGGAAUACUUCGUAGAUGCAAAUUAAGUUAUUAUAAAGAAUCAGAUGUGGUUGUUAUAUGAAUUCAAUACCUAUAAUGUUUAAUAAUGAUACAGUUUUAGCAUAUUUACAACUAGAAUUUGCUAUAAAAGAAAUUUCUUUCCUCCCAUUAUUAUUACCAAACGCUCAAUCGAAGAUGAAUUGGUUAUCAUAACCCGAAUUUCUAGAUUCUCAAGCAUAAUCUUCUAUAUGGAGUAUUGUCAAUUCGAUACUCGACUUGUGACGUCACGAGAUGAGUUUGAAGAACAGCAUAACUUGAUCUUCGAUUGGCAAAUAGUAACAUCUUUGUUGAUAAAUAUAAGAUAUAUUACUAACAGCCGUUACAAGCAUAAAUACAUACAUAAAAUUAAUAGCAUAUCAAAAUAUUACUGUAAAGCUGACUCGGCACUUCAGCUCAUCCUUAAUAUUGAUGUUCAAGUUUUGAUAACUUUCAACCACAUCUAAUAUUUAUUAUAUCCCUGUGAUACGUUAGUUCGUACAGACAAUAUCUUGUUUCGCUUAUUUUAAGUUAUGAUGCAGUUUCCCGUGCGGUAUGCGAAUCUCAGUUACGCAUACUGAAAUGUCGUUGAACUUACUGAAUACGUUUUACAAGUAACUUAUCAGUAUUGGACAGAGAUCCUACGAAUUGUAAUAUUUAUCGAGGCUGUAAUUAAAUGCUGUCAAGUAAA